GUGUACUCACUGGCUGACAGCAAGUGACUGUAUGUAGUGUGACCGCAAUUCCGCCGCAUAGAUUGUGUGAUCUGAUCUGCUGGGCGUAUUGCAUUCUUUCUAUAGCUAGCUUCAUUUCAUUACUUCAGCAAGGCUGAUAAUACCAAGAGAUAGGCGAGAUGGCUGUAAGAUAUGUCGUUUCUAGUAGCCAGCCCCUCAAGCUACGCGAGACCAGCUAUCACCAACUAGUGGAAGGUGAUGAUGACCUUCGGCUUCAACAUGGACUUCAAAAAGAUAACAUUGAAACUCCUCCACCCAAAUAUUGCAAGGUGUUAGAAAAAGAUGCAAUGAAAACAAUCAAAGAGUUCCUGAAAAAAAGAGGCAUUUCAAGAAAUGUUAAUAUACUAGUCAUUGGAAGAACAGGUGAAGGGAAGUCUUCACUAAUCAACAGCCUCAUUGAGCUGGGGAAAAAAAUUGCACCUGAGGGAGCACUUACUGGCUGCUGUACAGCAACAACACAGUCUUACAUCUACCCAAAUAUCAUUCCUGGUGUCACUGUCACAAUAAUCGACACUCCUGGUUUACAAGAUACUCAAAACAAUGAACAUAAAUACAUUCAAGAAAUGAAGAAUGAGUGUCAUGAGAUCAGUUUGAUCCUCUACUGCAUUAAGAUGACAAACAAGCGAUUAAUCAACGAUGACAAAGUUGCUAUGAAGAAACUUGAUCAAAUGUUUGGUCAAAAAUUCUGGGAGAGAGUAGUGUUUGUUCAAACCUUUGCAAAUGGGGAAAUGCUAGAGAAGUGGGAUGAAAGAGAUAAAGAUAAUGAAAGUGAAGAGCCUGAUGAUGAUGAUGUUGAUGCUUGGAAAAAACUGAAAAAAGAAAGGCUGACUGGUCGAGUUCAAUAUUUUAAAGAAGAAUUAGCGAAAUUUUUUACUAAGCACGUACGUCAUGACAUAAUUCAGGAGGUAGAGUUCAACGUUUGUCCAGCUGGAUAUCAUGUCCGUAAACAUGAUGCUCCUAUUUCUUUUGUUGACUGGAAGCGUGAUUUUUUAAAAAUAUGUUUUAAAACAAUGGAGGACAAGCAUUUAUUAAAUAUACAGCUGAGUAAAAAGAUUGCUUUAGCUGUUCUUAUUGAUAAUCGUGGAGAGGUCAAGGUGGAGAAUGAAGAAAGGAUAUUAAAUGAUGAAGCAGCAGCUCUCAAUAAAGCUUUUGAAAAUCUUGAUUUUGCUGUUCUUUACUUCAACAGCCUCUCCUCAGAAUCAAUAGCUACUUUGCUUGAAGCAAUAAGUGAAGUAGAUCAUUCCCAAUUAUUGAUGAUAGCUGUAGUAUUUCUCAGUAAAGGGAAGACCGCUGAGCUUUAUGAUGCUGAUGGUGUAGCUGUGUCUUAUGAAGAUGUGUUUCGUCAUUUUCCAAGAUGUCCAAAACCACUUGUAUUGCUUUUUGAUUCAGUAGUUGAUGAGACACAGAAAAAAAAAGAUUUCACAAUCGAUGAUAUACUGAAUAUUAAUUUGCCUCUACAUAUUUGCCCCCAAAAUUUUUUAAUUCUUGCUGCUAGACACAAUUCAGCAUCAUCUCCUGUAGUAAAAGAGUUCACAGAAAAGCUGAGCCACACCAGUGUCCAAGAAUGCUUUGAAACAGUAUGUGCUAAUAAUAACAGCACAACUGUGAAAAGCAUAUGGCAUGACACUGUUGGGGACAAUGUAUUCAUCAUAAAAUCUAUUAAUGACAGUAUUGAUACUCUUGAACAAAAAUUGGAAAUAUACCAUUCAAUAUGGUACCCAAUCCGUUGCAAGACUAUAGACAAGAUUGAAGAAAACAAAGAAGAAAUUAUGUCAAUAGUCUUUAAAGAAAGAGCAACUAAAAUAGGAGCUACUUUUUCAGGCAUGGUAUUAGGUGGUAGUUUAGUUGUAACAGGAAUAGCUUUAGCUCCUUUCACAUUUGGUGGGUCUAUUGUCGUAUCUGUGAUUGGUGGUGCUGUGGGGGCAGCUGCUGCUGGUACAGGGAUUGGUGCUACCAUUUUUUCGAAAAUUUUUAGUCACAAACAGUUAAAAAAAGCACAACAGCACAUCAAUCUUGAUCAGCAGAUUAGCUUGAUACUUAACAAUGAUGCCAAAAAAUAUAUUGAAAUUGUCACUUCAUCUCAUAUACCAGAGUCUUCACUUCUUGGUCUUCAAGGUGCAGUAGCUAUUGGUCGAGGUGCUGGUGCAGGUAUUGCAAUUGGUGUAGAGGGUACACUAGAAACAGCUGCACUUGUUCUGCGUACUACUGGUCGUGUUGCUGGAAUGGCUUUAGUUGGGGUCUCAUUAGCUGUAACAGUACCAGUGGAUAUUGCCUUUAUUGUGUAUAAUGUCUAUCACUUACACAAAUCAAGAAAUGAUCCAACAGGAAAGAAUGAAAGUGACAAAGCAGUGAAGUCACUCUACAAUCAAAUAGAAACAUUACUCAAAGGUAUGUGCCUUGCAAUCAAUGAAGUUGAGUAUGAAGUUCAAGCUGAGAGAAAUAUUCUUAAAGAUGCUGAGUGUGGAUAUGAAAUUCAAGUGCCGGUAAAAGAUAAAGAAAAGCAUACAGUUACAGUUCGCACUCUGUUCUCUGGUCCAUUUGUUUUUCCUGAUGGGUAUACUCUUGUAAGUGCUGUAUAUGAUAUCACAAUGCCAGAGUUACCUCAACCAGCAACCAUUAAGCUGGAGCAUUGUGUUGAUGAAUCUGAUCAGACUAGAUCAGAUUUGAUGUGUUAUGCUAUUGGCAGCGUUGACUUGAAGAAUAAAAAGAUAAUGUUUGAAAAAGUGGAUACUGGAUCACCUCUAAAAGCAGCCCAACUGACCCAACCCCCUGAGCCAAUUCCUUCCCCAAUUAAACAAAAAAGCAGUUGUCUGUUAUGCAUAUUAUACAAAAGUAAACUGGAAGAUAAAACAUUAGUCAAAUAUGCUGCUCAUUGUUUUUAUGAAAAAAAGUACGAAAACUUUUGGAUCCUGAAUAUAGUUUUUACUAAACAUCUCAAAGCUCACUUCAAGCAUGCUACAUCAUGUAGAGCUAGUCCUCAAGGCCCAUGUCAAUUUGUUUUUAUAUCUGACAAGCUCCUUCUUGAUCUAACUUGUUUUAAAGACACAAAAAAUUACUCAGGAUGGAUUGUAUCACCAAACAAUGAUGAAAAAUUGCCAGACACUAUAUCAAUGCAAGAAAUUGACACUGCUGAAUUGAGGAGUGGCAGUGCUCAAGUGCAGAAAAAAAAAGCAUUUCCCUCAAUUAGUUUGUAUGUUUAUGUUAAUGAAGAAGACGCUGCUUAUGAAAUAAAUAAGUCUUUUAAAAUCGAGGGAACAAACUUAAACAUAAAUAUUAAACUACACAAAGAAUAGACUUGCUGCAGUAUAUUGCUAACAUACUAUAUUUAACUCUUUGAAUUGCUGAUAGUUAUUAGUUAUGCUAAAUAGAACUUGUAGCUACCUAUAGACUUAAAUGACUUAUUGAGUGGACUAAUAUUCUAUUUUAGUUUCUACUUUAA